CGGAACAUGUCGUGACUCACUGUCCGCUUCCCGAAAACAGGAACAGAAGUGCAGCUUUAUACGGGAACAAACCUCAAGAAAAGCCCACGAUCUGCUCGAGUGAUGUUCAUGUAACAUGUUAAAUACGAACAAAACUGGAAUUUCUUCCAGUGUGGAAAGUUAUUGGCGGACGCUUAUGAUUCAGUCUCGUUUACUUUUUGUUUGAAUCUAUGGUUUGAAUUAUGAAGAGAAGUUUUAUGUAGAAGAGAUUUAGCAACACAAACAACAAAAAACUCAGAUAAUCUUCAUUUCAUGUGUACUGGCUGCGGGCUCCAGAUCGAGCCGGCGAUGUUGACUCUGAUGCUGUGCUUCAGUCUCCUGUGUGGCUUCGGCCCGGUGUGUGUGAUCAGACGAGUGGCAGGUGUGCGGCUUGGAGUCAUGAGUCUGGCCUCAUGUUUGUCUGACGGUGUGUUUCUUUGCUCAUGUUUGCUGGAUCUGCUGCCCGAUUAUCUGACCCACGCCAGAGAAACCUUCAGCCGGCUCGGCCUCGCGCUUCAUUUCCCGCUGGCCGAGUUCAUCGUGUCCAUGGGAUUCCUUCUGGUGUUCGUGUCGGAGCAGAUGUUGCUGGCGUUCCGAGAUCCGACGAGCUACGAAUCCCUCGAGAAAAAGGCGCUCAUAGACCCUCACGUAACCAAGAGUCGGGAUUCUCCCGGGCGUUCCCAUCAUCUCUCCGGGGCCGACGAAUCCCUCGAGAAACAGGCGCUCAUAGACCCUCACAUGACCCAGAGUCGGGAUUCUCCCGGCCGAUCCUGGACCGACGAAUCCCUCGAGAAACAGUUGCUCAUAGACCCUCACAUGGCCCAGAGUCGGGAUUCUCCUGGUCAUUCCCAUCGUCUCUCCGGGACCGACGGAUCCGCUUCUCCGGAGCACGUGGGUCUGCGUGUGCUUCUCCUGGUGUUCUGCCUGUGUGUGUGUGCUCUGGUCGAGGGUCUGAGCGCCGGAUCCCAGCUGGAUCCCGAACUAAUCCUGCAGAUUGGUGUGACGCUGUUUCUCCGGCAGGCAAUCAUGGCGUUCAGUCUCUCCGUACGGAUGAGCCACUACGGUCUCCGUCAGGCCGUGGCGUCCGGAUGCCUCAUUCUGUUCUCCCUCUCCUGUCCGGUGGGAAUCGGGAUCAGGAUGGGAAUGGGAAUGGUCGGGAUGAAUCCCAGCGCUACGGUUCAGCUGGUCCGAUGUGCCGUCGAGGGUCUGGCGUCUGGGAUCUUCAUCUACGUCUCCAUCGCUGGACUCCUGUGGCAGGAAUCGGCCUCUCCGAAGCAUCGCAUCCAUAAAGUCACGUUCCUGCUCACGGGAUUUGCUCUGGUUACUGCCGUUCUGUUCUGUAAAGUCUGAUCGGAGCGCUUGGAUCAGAAAAUGUGCUUUAAAGGUGUUGGAUGUAGUUUUUUCACUCUACUAAAGCAUGAAAUACCAUAAUAUGUUUGCAGAUAUUUAGGAAACAGGCUAAUUUCAUAUACUUAAAAACACUUCUACAGCCAGUUAUUUUACUUAUUAUUUUACACAUUUCAUGUUGUCUGUCUGUUCUUGUUUUGGUCUGUGUGACUCCGCCCACUGCCAGUUCAGCCAAUAGUAUUUCGCCAAUAGAAAACACAGCGUAUUGCAGCCAGCAAACAAACUGGGUCAGAGAUCGCAGAUUCUACCCAACCUAAAAAGUAUUCAUCUAAAAAUCUCUAUGAACGAGAGCAUAUUAAAACGCGGAUAAAUCAACUCAUCC